CCUCGCCCUCUCCUCCUCUUCGUCGACGCACUUUCUCUUCUCUUUCCCCCUUCUUCCCCCCCCCUUCAACCCCUUUCUUUCUCGGCCCCACCGUCGCCUGCACGUUGGCUUUCAGCCCGAUGCACUGCCCCUUUCAUUUCGCCGGAGAUGCCGCGAUCCGGUCGCCCGGGAAUCGAAACACGGAGAUGAUCCAUUCCUCCACCGUAUUGUGUCCUUGACACCAUGUGAUUGCGUGUCAAUCUACCUUUGAUCUCUUCUCAAACAAGUCACCGUGGGUUUCGCUGCAAAGCUAUGUCGGUUGCCUUCUGCGGCCGAGACCUUGCCCGCUGAAGGUCUCUGUUUUCCUUCUGACUUCGCAACAAGCGAAGUCUCCCCGGCUGCCUCCCUCGAUGCUCCGUGCUCCGCUUCAUCCGCCUCAUCUGACGCCCCGUCGGAGGUAAAACCAUCGGAGGUUACAUUGUGCAGCCCUUGGCGUCGCAGAUCUACUCUCGGCGGCUUUCUCCCAAACGCCUUAACCUCGCAGUUGUCGUCAUCGUCGGCCUCUCCGGUCCAUCCUCACCCAAUCGGUGAAUAUCGACAGCAUGCAACGGUGAUGCGAACCAAUGGCGAAAAUACCGCAAGCUCGCCUGACCCAGGUCAAUUCCGCAUCAUGAGGUGAAUUCCUGGUCGGGCUUGUUGGAAUUCUAGCUUCGUGGAUGCGAAAAUAGCAUGGUCUGGCAACUUUGGAUGCAGCGGCAUGGGUUGCUGGAGCUGGUCGGUGUCGUCUGCGCGGUGAAGUAGGCGGAUUUCGCCUCGCAGUCUAUAAAAGAGACUACAAUUCCACCCACAUAACAAAGCUGCAACCCAACCCUCCCAAAUUCUCCAUGUCCCCCUUCCCCUUCCAACUGUGCCCUAUCCACUGCCCCCUGCCCAAACUCCCGAUUCUGGUUUCUCUAUUUCUACGAGUGGCCCCAAUUCCUCUAUGACGUGAACUUGCUCUCCUGCCUUUUUUUUCGCACAAUAUGUCAAGCGACAGUUUUCGCCUGGAAUCCUUCCGCCCGUGGAACCCUUUUCAGGACAAGGCGCAGCCUCUGCGGGAUUCUGUCGAUAUUUGUCGAUAUCCAAGUCCUGUCUCGAUCACCGCCACCUCGCUUCCCUCCAAUUCUACCAAUUCGGCUUCCAAGAACCCAAAUGUUCAUUCUCAUAAAUCUGAGCGACACCCUCUUCCUCCCCGACCGCCGGUGGAGGUUUGCUUGAACGACAGCCUACCACAGGAGUCAAACACUCAGCAUCAGCACCAUCCCGCUGUGGAGGAUCAGAUAUCAUGCAUUAACCCCGGAGUUGAGGCGUUCGACUUCAAUGAUAUUCUGCAUCUGCAGGAUUUACCAAGCUCUGGAGACGAGGACCAUCCAAUAAAUUGUGAUAAUCUGGGCCCGGAGUCUCAGUGCCCACUCAACUUUGAAUCGGGUGAUCUGGGGCUCGCUUGCACUACCAGUCAGCAGUCUCAAGUUGGCAAGGCUGGAAGUUCUGGUCUGGCCAGCGAGUGUUGCGACCCAACAAUUGAUCCGGCAAUCCUGGAUGAUUAUCAUUUUCAAGAUAUGGAGCCGACCCCAGCAAGAAAAGAGACCUCUGACGUUGUGGCCCCUUCUCGUUCGUUGGGUAAAUCUGUUCGUGGCCGCGGCAUGCGACCGAAUUCGCAACGGGCGAUGAAACCCGGGCGGCAGCAGUCCAAAAUCAGCAAGGUUGCUGUCGUCGUGGACAAUCGCCACAUGAAUAGGACUGGCCGGAGUGCUCGAGCAAGCGGCCCCGUUAAAAUGUCGUUUUCUAUUCUUCGGGAUCAAUUCUCUUCCCUACCGGUCGAAGAGCGACUACAGUUUUUGUCUUGGUUGUUUGAGGGUGCUUUAUCACACUGCGUUUCUACGCGUGCCAACCCAGAUACCGCCUCUGUAUCAGGAUGCAUCUCGAGCCAAGCUGUGGACCUGACAGAUGAGUAUGACCACUCGGGCUCAAGCACCGAAUUAGUUGAUGCGCAACCUACGAGAAAAGGCUUACCGUGGUCUAUGGAAGAAAACUGUUUAUUGGUGAGCCUCCGGGAAGAGCAGAAUCUUGCUUGGUCGGAGGUGACGAGACUGUUCGCGAAGAAAUUCCCCGGAAGAAGCAAAGGGUCUCUACAGGUGUACUGGAGCACGACGCUCAAGAAACAGCGGCUCUCUUUGGCAGACGCAGCGUAAAAAGAAAUUCUAUCUUUUAGAUUAUGUCCUCCUCCCUUGAGCUUGAAACUCAAGUGUCGGGACAUAUCCUCCCGUCAGAAUAAGCAAAGACAUAUUGUACGCAAUCUUGCUCAGCUGCGGCCCCCGCCGCACGGAUUCAGGGGCAUUGGACGAGGACCUGGAACAUACAUCUAUCAUACACGAAUAAAUCAACUUUUGCUUAGAAGCAUAAACUGUCCACUUAACUGUGUACACAGUACCUACCUGGCGAUACCAACAUGGGUAAAGGCUCAUUAUUU